UGUGGAAAAAUAUUAAGAAUAAAAACGGAAGAUAUCGAUAUAAAUGUGGUGGUCUAAUAAGAUCAGCUGUACUAUUUGUAAAUACAAGCAAACCUGAAUUCUAAUUUGUUCAAGAAAACCUGCAAAUCUUUAUUAAUACAGCAAAGAGAAAUGUCUUAGUGUUUACAUCGUGAAUCAUGGAUAUGUUUUUGUGUACACGGUAAAAAGUGUCGAAUUGUUUGAUGACUCUCCACCCACUGCAAUCUCAGUUUUUCCCACGGUAGCUACUAAAGCAUACUAGCUGCAAACGGACAUCAAAUGUCGCAAGAAUUCGGCGGCGUGCCAAUUGCCUUGCCCAGGUCACGCAGCAUAUAUGCCGUAUGCGUUGCUGUACUUUUGGCAUUCUUAUUAUUUUACUACUACUAUGGUAGCCUUUUAACAUUACUUUUACUUUUCACAAUUACAUCUUUUGGCUUCUACUACUUACAAGACAUGCUAUUAUAUCAUCCCGAUCUGCCCGCAAAUUCACGCAUUUAUGUGCCUAUCCCAAAAAUGCAUAACCUGCCACAUGAGUCGAUCAAUAUACACACACCAGAUAAGGUAACUUUGCACGCAUUUUGGGUGUCACAGCCAAAGGAGCGUUCCAAGGCAGUACCCACAUUCGUUUAUUUCCAUGGAAAUGCUGGAAAUAUGGGUCAUCGCAUGCAAAAUGUAUGGGGCAUAUUUAAUCAUCUCCACUGUAACAUAUUAAUGAUAGAUUACCGUGGUUAUGGCUUUUCAACUGGUGUACCCUCUGAAAAGGGCUUAUUAACCGAUGCUCGUGCUGUAAUCGACUACUUAUAUACACGCAACGAUUUAGAUCAUACAAAAAUAGUAUUAUUCGGCCGUUCAUUAGGUGGUGCUGUGGUCAUUGAUGUAGCAGCCGAUACUGUGUAUAGUCAGAAAAUUAUGUGCGCAAUUGUAGAAAACACAUUUACCAGUAUACCGGAAAUGGCUGUUGAGUUGGUACAUCCUUCCGCAAAUCUUAUACCUAGAUGUUGCUUUAAAAAUAAAUAUUUAUCUUCGUGGAAGAUUAGUAAAUGUUCCGUACCGGUUUUAUUCAUAUCGGGUUUAGCAGAUAACCUUGUACCUCCACGUAUGAUGCGUACUUUAUACAUGAAGUGUGGUAGUGAAAGAAAGCGCAUACUCGAAUUCAUAGGAGGCGCUCACAAUGAUACCUGGAUAAUGGAUGGUUACUAUCAGGGCAUCCAACAAUUCCUUGGUGAGUGCCAAAGCAUUUCAACAGCGCCAUUGGAGAAGCCACCUGAAAAAAGUAAUGUGUGGCAUGAAAUACAGGAUGUUUAGUUCGCCGUUCUAUAUAAUGCCGUUCAGGGUUUUUAGUGUUUACUUCAUUAUAUACUGUGUAUGACCAACGACACACAUUUAAAUGUACUAUAACUUACUAUAUGCCUAUACUAUAAUUCCAUAUUUUUCAUGUGAGUGACUUAACAUACCUUUGAUUUACUUAAAAAACAAAAAUUGUUGAUAAACGCUUAGGUGGUUCACUCAUAAUGACGCAUAGCUUUAAAAUUAAAACUAAAUAUUGUAUUAGAGUAACUCGUUCAAUUAUAAAACAUAAAUAUAUAUAUAUAUGCAUAUAAUUUUAUUUAAAAAUACGUAUUUUAAGCAAAUUAAAUAAAUUAUAUUGAUUUGCAGUAACAUACAGCGAAAAUAAAUUAAAUGCAGCAAACUUAAAAGUAAAUUUUUUUUUAAUAAGCCAGUGAAUAGUUAUUAUAGUUACGAGAUAACUAAUUAUGUACAUAAUAAACUAAUUAGACUAACCAAAUAUGCAUGUUAACGCAUAUUAAACUGAGUCUACGCGUAA